CCGCGGAAGCUGUCUCAAUCAGGAGGCACGCACGCCAUCGCUCGCGAGCCGCAGUUCAGUUUUCUUUUCGGCACAAUCCCUAGUUGCUUGUUCCCGUCGACUCGACUCGAAUAAAAGGCAUCCUUCUAGAAUCGCAAGGGGGAUGCUUUUGGUGUUUCGAUUUCUGUCUACCAUGGCGAAUCUUUAGGGUCUCAAGCACUCUUUGCUUCUCGUGCCUUCUACCACAAUGAAAGCUAGCGAAUCCAGAAAGGCGAGAGGCCGUGUGAAAUGGGAUGAAGAGAACCUGAAUGAUAUUGAGUCAACUAAACCUGAAAGAGAGAAAAUCACAGAGCCUAAGACACCGUACCACCCCAUCAUUGACGAAGAUGAAGAAAUAUGUAUUGAAGAGUCGGUGGAUAAAUCAUCUCGUGCUGACGCCAUAACAAGUGCCUUGAUGGAAGCUGUUUCUAGUGGAAAAUUUUCAGCAAGAGAUAAUUGGGAGUCAUGUGGUAAUGAAGAAGAAGCUGUAAAUCAAGACAAAGAUUUUGAAGAACACCGGAAGGCUCACUAUGAUGAAUAUCGCAAGGUGAAGGAACAUCUUCAGAAGGGAACCCUGUCUGGUGAGACUGAUGAAGAUGUGAACUCCAAAAUGCCGAUCAACAAACCAUCGACAUGUUGACUACUGGUGGGAAGUAUUUCAGGUUGGAAGGAUUAGGUUCAUUAGCUAGCGUUGAACUGAAACUGCUCCAUGUUUUCUGGUCCACGAAACCUUGUCUUCCUUGUAGUCUUUUAAGUUCGGUGAAAUUUUGGCAUGUGUGUAGCUGAGAAUUCAUGGUGAUGUGAAUGGAAAUAAUAUGUUGGCUAUUCUCUGAA